UGUGGGGGGUUGAGGAGGUAUAAUAGCUGUCAAAGACACGGAUAAGAGAAAACAUGGGUCAAUGCACCAUCCAUCCUCAUUUCAGACACUGGCACAACCCCAUCACCUCAGCCUGGACAUUAAAUGAGCCCCGAGCCUCUUAUAUGAUUAAGACGCAUGUGGUCUAAUAUUAAGUGUGCGUGUUGUCACAUAAGCUACAAGGAGAGAGAGAGAGAGAGAGAGAGAGAGAGAGAGAGAGAGAGAGAGAGAGAGAGAGAGAUAGCAUGAAUACUAAACACAUGCUUUAUUUUUCUCCCCCCAAGCCUCCUGCUAUCUCUGCAGACAUUCUCCACCGCCGUUAAUUGAGACGAAUGUGCGCCGCGGCUCCGCAGAUAAUGACCGGAGCGCAUGGAUUUCUGCACACGAGGAGAAAACUGCGGGCCAUGGCACUGACGGUACCCGCAUUGCAUCACGGAAACGACACCCGGUACCCCGCUGUCUCCCUCCCACUUCAACUGGAGCCGAUGAGGAGACUGUAGCACCCUAUCAUAUGUUUUUUCCCCUCUCACAAUCCCAUGCAGCCGCGCUCUCAGACGGCUGGCUGUUGUCGUUCCCGGUCUCCAAAGCCAGCCAGCAGCUGCCUGCUCCGCUGUGUGCUGCUCUGGAGGCGCAAAACCGGUAAUUACGCGCCGUGUUGACGACCUGUGGCGCGCUGCUGUAUGGAUUGCGCAUCAGGAACGGGACAGUUUCUGGGAUCUACUGAGAUUUCAGAGGGUAGUCAUCAGCUGCCCGAUCACAACAUCGAUUAAGUGUGUGCGCUGCAACCUGUAGCUGCGUGCCCCUUUAUUUCAGUCAUUGUUCCGCCGAGGCACAAUGGAGGGACACAGCUGACGGUUUUCAAUCUGUAGCCCGAGGAGAGAAGAAAAAAGAGGAGGAAAGCAGACUCAGGGGAAACCAUGUAUGGGCGAUACACCCAGGAGCUGGGUGUGUAUGCCAAGGAGGAAGCAGCCCGCCUACGGGAUGGAGGAGUGCGGGACGGUGGAGGACUGCGGAGGAACACCAGUGUUCGCAGUCGUGCUGCAGAGCUGCUGGAUUAUGAGAAAGAGCCAUGUGCAAAGUGCCAUUUGUGUGCGUCCCGCUGCCAGAAGUUCCUGAUCUCGCGGGUGGGGGAGGACUGGAUCUUCCUCAUUCUGCUGGGGCUGCUCAUGGCUCUUGUCAGCUGGGUCAUGGACUACGCCAUCGCCUUCUGCCAAGAAGCACAGAAGUGGAUGUAUGGUGGACUGGACAGUAACAUGCUUCUGCAGUACAUCGCCUGGGUCACCUACCCUGUAGUGCUCAUCACUUUCUCAGCAGGAUUCACACAGAUUCUGGCCCCUCAGGCUGUGGGUUCAGGUAUUCCAGAGAUGAAGACGAUACUGAGGGGGGUUGUCCUGAAGGAGUACCUGACGUUUAAGACGUUUGUGGCCAAAGUCAUCGGUCUGACCUGUGCUCUGGGCAGUGGGAUGCCUCUGGGGAAGGAGGGACCCUUCGUUCAUGUUGCCAGUCUGUGCGCCGCUCUCCUGAGCAAAUUCAUGGCUCCUCUUUUUGGUGGGAUUUACAUGGAAGAGCCCUUUGAGGGAAGCAAGAACGAGCUGAGGAAUACAGAGAUGCUGUCGGCUGCCUGUGCAGUGGGUGUGGGCUGCUGCUUCGCUGCCCCCAUCGGAGGGGUGCUGUUCAGUAUUGAGGUCACUUCCACGUUUUUUGCGGUGAGGAACUACUGGAGGGGCUUCUUUGCAGCCACCUUCAGUGCCUUCAUAUUCAGAGUGCUGGCGGUGUGGAACCAGGAGGAAGAGACCAUCACUGCUCUUUUUAAGACCCGUUUCCGUCUUGACUUUCCAUUUGAUCUUCAGGAGCUGCCGGCGUUCGCCAUCCUCGGGAUUGCCUGUGGUUUUGGUGGUGCUCUGUUUGUCUACCUGAACCGGCUGAUUGUAGAGUGCAUGAGGAAGCAGAAGACUAUUAACAAGUUCUUGCUGAGGAAUCCAUCUCUUCCGGUCAGGCGUCUGGUGUAUCCCGCUCUCGUCACCCUGCUGAUCUCCACUCUCACGUUCCCUCCGGGCUUCGGGCAGUUCAUGGCGGGACAGCUGACACAGCACGAGUCUCUGGUCGCACUGUUCGACAACCGCACGUGGUGCCGCCAUGGCGUGGCGGAGGAGUUUGACUACACCAGCCACCACCACGCCUGGAAACACCCACAGGUCAACGUCUUCAUCACACUCAUCCUCUUCAUCAUCAUGAAGUUCUGGAUGUCCGCCGUGGCCACCACCAUGCCGGUUCCAUGCGGGGCCUUCAUGCCAGUUUUUCUUAUCGGUGCAGGAUUUGGCAGACUUGUUGGAGAGGUCAUGGCAACCAUGUUUCCUGAUGGCAUACAUGCUGACGGCAGCGUGUAUCCCAUAGUUCCCGGCGGUUAUGCUGUAGUUGGUGCUGCAGCGUUGUCUGGAGCAGUCACCCACACUGUAUCCACAGCAGUCAUAGUGUUUGAGCUGACUGGUCAGAUCUCCCACAUCCUGCCUGUGAUGAUCGCUGUGAUCCUGGCCAACGCCGUGGCCCAGUCACUCCAACCAUCACUGUACGACUCCAUCAUCCGCAUCAAGAAACUCCCUUAUCUACCUGAGCUGGGCAUGGGACAUCACGAGAAGUACAAUAUCCGAGUGGAGGACAUCAUGGUCAGGGAUGUGCGCUACAUCACUCUUAUCUCUUGCUAUCGAGACCUGCAGGAGAUGCUGCUGACUGGUCAGCUCAAAACACUGGCCCUGGUUGAGUCCAGCGACUCGAUGAUCCUGCUGGGCUCCAUAGAGCGACUGCAGCUCCAGUCGCUGCUCUCUUUCCAGCUGGGCCGCCAGCGGAGGCUGGAGUACCUCCGCCGGCUGGCCCAGGACAACGGCAACCACGAUCCCCUGCCCAGCCUGAACACCGACAGCACGCCCAGCUCCCCCUGCUCCCACACCCACAUCAACGCCUCGACCAACACCAACGCUCGCCAAGGGGUGCGCUUCCUGGUGAGCACCCAACAGAUAUCCACAGAGGAGUCUUCCUCCUUCAGCCCAGGGGUUUCCAACGUUCAACUCCCUCUAAAAUCUGCCUUGAAAACUGUGUCAGCCAUCAGCGACCCAGAGACGCCAAAUAGUUCUCAGACCCUCUCCUGUGCUGACCAAGACAAGGACUUGCUGGAGAGCCCGGCUGGGCCGGCUCCUCCUGAAAAAAGAAAGCCCAAGUCCAAACGAGUGAGGAUCUCCAUGGCGGAAUCUACUGAAGUGGAAGAUGGCAUGUCCCCAUCAGACAUAGCAGAGUGGGAGGAGCAGCAGCUCGAUGAGCCGGUGGAUUUCAAGAACUGCAAGAUUGAUCCCGCUCCCUUCCAGCUGGUGGAGCAAACAUCUCUGCAUAAGACCCACACUAUCUUCUCUCUGCUGGGUCUGGAUCACGCCUAUGUUACCAGCAUGGGGCGUCUGGUUGGAGUGGUCUCUCUCAAAGAGCUGCGUAAAGCCAUAGAGGGCUCGGUGACAGUGACUGGAGUAAAAGUGCGCCCUCCGUUGGCCAGUUUCCGUGACUGUGGGAACAGCACAAGUGUAUCAGAGGUAACGGAACUACACAAGCUUUGCAUCCGCCACAGGGGGCUCUCAUUGCCACGCGAACCCAAGCGUCCUGACGUGGUGGACAAGCCAGAUCUCGCCUACAAAGAGAUCCCCGUCAACUUCUCGGACCAAUCAAAUUUGCAGUUUGAAACCAGCCCCGGUGACGUCUCAAGUCAGUCGUCGGAGUUGGUGCUCCAGGAGAGCCCCUCGUUCACCGAGGAGCAAUCAGAGUUUACUUUUGACUGCAGCCCCUCCCACACUGAGGAAUCAGAGCUGGCCUGUGACUAUGACCCCCCCACCCACACUCCUGAGCCGGAUGACAUGGAGCAAGAACAGCGGAGUCCAUCAAUAAGCAGGGACCAAUCAGAACCUGAGGGAGAGGGUAUCCCCGUCCAAACUAAGCAUCAAUCAGAAUGAUUGGAGGGGAUCCUUACUGUUGCCUCAUGAAUGUCUUACAUGUGUAGAGGUCACUCCCCCCUGAAGUCCAGCCUAGAUACCUGUGUUUCUAACAUUGUGUGGCGUGAGAGAGCGAAUGAGCGUGGGCAUGAGUAGAUGUGACAUUCAUUAUUGUGCUUAAAUGCUUGUUUUACAGGAUAAAGCUGUUUUUAUUCUAUAUUUUUAUUGCUGCCAACAAAAUCCCAUGAAAAGCUCCUCAUCUCUGCCUCUAGGCUCGAGGCGACAUUAGCUGCUGCUCGAAUAAGCCGCCUGAAUCUUUGACAUGUGGUCAAAACCUUGAGUCUACAUUAUCCACUAAUAUGGGCUCAAGGUUUUGACAAGACGAAUGUGUGGAAUAUAAAAGACGCUAUCUCUGGUUAUGCCGCAUUAAUUUUGAUCCAUUUUUGUAUCUAUCCAUUGUGAGACUGACUAUGUUAAAGCCGUGAAAUGCUAAUAAAUCAGUGGGGUAACGAAUGUUUAAGCGUAUCUGAGUUUUAACUGCUGUUUUGGAGCUUUCGAUAAUAUCCGCAGAUGGAGUUCGCCCAGCUGUCAUGGAAUUGUAGAUGUUAAAAUAUCUGUUUUUACUAAACACUUUAAGGACUUCUGUUAGCUUAAAAGUUGAGUUGAGACUACAGUUUCCAGGGUCAAGAAUGGCCUUGAAAACUACAGUUUCAUGACAACUUAGCAAGGUCUGAUUAGGUGAAAUGAUGGAAAGCUUGAGCACAUCUAAUAAUGGACCUUUAGGUGAGAUUAUUUAAGUCAUUUCCUGAAACGGCUGGGCACUAGAGGUUAAAUUACUCAAGUAAAUAGUGCAUUUUUUUCAGCCGUGGAUUUUAGUCUAGUGAGCAGAAGGAUGGUGUGUAUAUGGAAUUUGACUCUUUUUAAUAGUUUUUGUGGAGCUCCACGAAGAAGGCAAUGACAACACUAGUUUGGUCUUUUCAUGGAUUUUGUUCAAAAUAAAAGUAUAGAAUAUUGUGUGUGUGUGUGUGUGUGUGUGUGUGUGUGUGUGUGUGUGUGUGUGUGUGUGUGUGUGUGUGUGUGUGUGUGUGUGUGUGUGUGUGUGUGUGUGUGUGUGUGUGUGUGUGUGUGUGUGUGUGUGUGUGUGUGUGUUCCCAGCUUCAUAGUGAGUGAGAGAGUGAGUGAAAGAUCUGGACUCUUACACAUAAUUUGAGUCUUCAUGCCAAAAACCAUCCUGUUACAUGACUUCAAUUACAUUGCAAGUAGAGAGAG